AUGGCAACGAAUAUGAGCGCCAAGCGGCUCAUGAAGGAGCUUGGGAAGGUAAGCAAGUCCCUUCUGCUUCCAGGGGCGCAUCAGAAAUCUCACCAGAAGGCCGUCUGCCCCACGCAGAUCAACAACGAUGGCCUCCCCCCAGGCAUAGAACUUGUUCAGUCGGGUUCAGCAGGCUCGGAGCUGAGCGACUGGCUUUUCGACAUCCGGGUCCUCGAUGAAAACCCCAUUUACAAGGAUGGGGUGUACCGGUUGAAGUUUCGCUUCUCCAAAUCGUAUCCCAUAGAACCACCAGAGGUGACAUUCGAAAAACAAGCCGACCGACCGAUCCCUAUCCACCCGCACAUAUAUUCAAACGGCAUCAUUUGCCUGGAUCUGCUGGGCAGUCAGGGAUGGAGCCCAGUCCAGAGCGCCCAAAGCGUCUGCAUGAGCAUACAGAGCAUGCUCACCAGCAACACCAAGAACGAGCGCCCACCGGGCGAUGAGGAGUUCGUUCGAGGGAACACCUUACGACCACGCGAUAUCGAAUUCUUGUAUCACGACAAUACAGUAUAG